AAGAAUACAACUAGGGUUUCUGACUUCACUUCCAUUGUCUUUUUUACUCUUCUUGUCUAUCCAUCUAAUUUGCGUGAAGUUAACCACACUGCCUCUCUCUCUCUCUCUCUCUCUCUAAGCCGCAGACAAAAAAUGCAGCUUCCCCAACUCACUCACUGACCCCGAGAGCCAACACCGAUGCCUUGAAAUUGGACCUGAACCUCGGAAUCUACGGACCAUUUUCAUUCUUGGCCUCCCUCUUGAGAAUCUGGGUUUUCUUUUAGGAGAAAACCCACCAAGUAUCCAAAAUGCAGCCUCAAACGCUUCCCAUUUUGCUUUUCACCUUUCUCAGUGUUCCCUUGUCAAGACCAGAUCUGGGUUCGGACCGAUCUGCACUCUUGGCCCUCCGGUCGGCAGUCGGUGGCCGGACCCUUCUCUGGAACGUCACCGAGUCGGACCCGUGCUCUUGGGCUGGAGUCUUAUGUGAGGACAACCGUGUCACUGUGCUCCGUCUUCCUGGAGUGGCCCUCUCAGGCGACCUCCCCUCUGGCAUUUUUGGCAACCUGACCCGUCUGCGCACUCUCAGUCUGCGUCUCAAUGCUCUCACGGGUCAACUCCCCUCUGAUCUCGCUUCCUGCGUGAACCUUCGCAACCUUUACUUGCAAGGUAACCUCCUUUCCGGUGAAAUCCCGGACUUCGUGUUCACUCUUCGUGACCUCGUUCGGCUCAACCUUGCUUCCAACAAUUUCUCUGGCGGGAUCUCUCUGGGUUUCAACAAUCUGACCCGGUUGAGGACGUUAUUCCUCGAAAACAACCAACUCACAGGGUCGAUUCCCCCUGAGUUGGACUUCCCGAAGCUUGAGCAGUUCAAUGUGUCCAACAAUAUGCUCAAUGGUUCAGUACCAGAGAAACUUCAAACGUUUGAGGAGGAUUCGUUUCUGGGGAAUUCACUAUGUGGGCGUCCCUUUGAAUCUUGUUUCGGGAAUGUGACUAUACCGGACCAAGACAGCGGAAACAAUGGCGGAAAGAAGUUGUCCGGAGGUGCAAUUGCGGGUAUUGUGAUUGGAUCCGUAUUGGCUUUCUUGGUUAUCCUUGCAAUUCUGCUAGUGUUCUGCCGGAAGAAGAGUAGCAACAAGCAGACGAGCACUGUGGACAUUGCGAUGGCGAAGCACCCGGAGGUGGAGAUUCCGGGUGAGAAACCUGCCGGGGACGUCGAGAGCGGCAGAUAUGGAAAUGGGUAUUCGGUGGCGGCCGCGGCGGUGGCAGCGAUGACUGGGAAUGGCAAGGCAGAUGCAAACGGUGGUGGUGGAGGGGCUAAGAAGUUGGCGUUUUUCGGGAAUGCAGCGAGGGUGUUUGAUCUGGAGGAUCUGUUGAGGGCCUCGGCAGAGGUUUUGGGGAAGGGGACGUUCGGAACGGCGUACAAGGCGGUGUUGGAGACGGGGACGGUGGUGGCGGUGAAAAGGUUGAAGGAUGUGACAAUUUCGGAGAGGGAGUUCAAGGAGAAGAUUGAAGCGGUGGGAGCAAUGGAUCAUGAGAAUUUGGUCCCUCUCAGGGCUUAUUAUUAUAGCAGGGAUGAGAAGCUGCUUGUGUAUGAUUACAUGGCCAUGGGAAGCUUGUCUGCACUUUUGCAUGGAAACAAGGGUGCAGGCAGAACUCCACUGAAUUGGGAAAUUAGGUCUGCCAUUGCGCUUGGAGCUGCUCGUGGCAUUGAGUAUCUGCACUCCCAAGGUCCCAGUGUCUCUCAUGGAAACAUAAAAUCAUCCAACAUCCUCCUCACCAAAUCCUAUGAUGCCCGAGUUUCUGAUUUUGGUCUCGCACACCUUGUGGGGCCCUCCUCCACUCCCAACCGAGUUGCUGGCUACCGAGCCCCUGAGGUUACCGACCCUCGGAAAGUAUCCCAUAAGGCAGAUGUCUAUAGCUUUGGUGUUUUGCUGUUGGAACUGCUAACUGGGAAGGCCCCCACUCAUGCCCUUUUGAAUGAGGAAGGGGUCGAUCUUCCCAGAUGGGUGCAGUCCAUUGUACGAGAAGAGUGGACUUCUGAGGUCUUUGAUCUUGAGCUCCUCCGCUACCAGAAUGUUCAGGAGGAGAUGGUCCAGCUAUUGCAGCUUGCAGUAGACUGUGCUGCCCAGUAUCCUGAUAAACGCCCUUCAAUGCCUGAAGUUGCAAGGCGCAUUGAAGAGCUACGUCGUUUUAGCUUGCGAGAAGAUCAUGGCCCUCAACCUGAUUUCAUCAAUGAGUCAGAUGAUGUGUCUUCUCGGUAAGUUCUUCAGUGACUGCCACCAUCCCUUCCUAAUGGAUUGUAGAAGACUCUUCACUGUUUUCUUAUGCCCAUAUAUUGUGUUAAUUCUGGCGGUUUGGUUGUAUGCUUGAUCCGGGCCUCCCCCAUCUUCUUUCCUUAGGAGCCAACUGUCAAUUUUUUCAUUUCCUUUCGUAAUUUUUUUUUCUCUUCUCCCAUUCCCCCAUUGUACUAGUUUGUUUUUUCCCUUUUCUCAUUAAUACUUUGGGGUGGGUAUCUGUUCCAUUAGUUAUUGUUGGAUGAUGGUGGUUGUAAUUAUUACUUGCUUUUA